GAUUGAGUUUAGCAAGUGAUAGUAAUAAAGAUAAAUACGAAGUGCGUACAAAAGACCACAAGGAUCAGGUGGUGAAAUUUGCUGAAGACGCUAAGAAUGAUAGCACAGCUGAAGAAGGCGUAAAAUUAGAGUAUAGAAAAGAUGGCACGAAAUUGAAAGAAGAAGUACAGCCAUGGGCAGGUGUUGGUUUUUUCAAGUCAAGAAAGUGGCCAGUUUGGGCAAUAGUGGAAACGGAUUUGGAUACUUUUCUCCAAAAAAAUCACGAUAAAUUGGUAUUGGUGAAAUUUUCAACGACUUGGUGUCCGCCUUGUCGGGUGCUACAAAAAAAUAUUCAGGAGUUGAUGGCAGAAUUGGAAAAAUCAGCCGCACCGAAAAAAGAUUUAUUGGUGCUGGAAGUGGACGCAGAAAAGUUUCCUCAGCUAGCCCAGAGAGAACAAUUUCUUGCGGGAUUUUAUCGGUGUUUAGUGAGGCCCGUUGGUGCAGUGAUUAACACAUCUCCCUUUCACGGAGAAGACCGCGGGUUUGAAUCCCGCACGGGUCACCAAAUUAUG